UUUCUCCUCCAAGCUAUUGUUAGCCAGAUCCACACCAAACAACUUCUGCAUCCUUAAUUCAUCCAGAGCUAUGGAAGGAGCUUUGGCAGCUGCUGCAUCUCGCUUCAUGGUCCAGAAGGUGGCAGAUCUCCUCCAACUCGACCAGAAACUCAAGGCAAUGACUGGUAUCAAAAGGAAGAUGGAGAAGCUCAAGGAGUUGUCCACGAUCAUUGACAAGGUGAUCCAAGACAUCGACUCCCGCCCUUCUAUCGAUGAUGCUGUGAAGGACUUGUUGGAGAAGCUCAAAUACUUGGCCUACGAUCUCGAGGAUGUCGUGGAUUACUAUGAUAUAAAAGUCUUCCAAAAGCAGAGAUCAAAAACUUUUUUAAGGCCGGUGAGUGAUUUCUUCUCUUCUGAUAAUCAAGUUGUGUUUAAGAGCAGGGUAGGUGGCAUGAUAAAAGCUAUAACAGAAAGUCUGGAUUCUAUUUUGCUGCAAAAGUCCAUUCUUCAAAAUUUAUCACAAAGCAGUAUCCGUAUGUCGGAACAAAGAGAGACCCACUCCCGCAAUAGCUUUGUUGUUAUAGGGAGAGAACCAGAGAAGAAUAUGAUUGUCAACAUGUUAACAAAGGAUGAUGAUGAUGAUGAAAGCAACCAUGGCACAGUGAAGGUCAUUGCCAUUGUUGGGAUGGGUGGCCUAGGGAAGACUACACUUGCUCAGAUUGUUUACAAUGAUGCGAGGGUGCAAGACCAUUUUGCCAGUUUGAGAAUGUGGAAAGUUGUCGGAGCUGAAUUUGAUCCUGCGAAGAUAAUGAAGUCUGUUUUACAACUGACUGCUCAUAAAUCAGUUGAGAUCUCAGAAAUAGAUUUAGUGAUGCAGGACCUAGAAACAGCAUUAUCUGGGAAGAGAUUUCUGCUCGUGCUGGAUGAUGUAUGGAAUGAAGAUCCAUUUGAGUGGGGUAAACUGAAAGCAGCUUUAACAUGUGGGGCAAGAGGAAGUAAAAUUUUGGUGACAACCCGUAGCCAACAGGUCUCUAAAAUUAUGGGCUCAUCCAAUACCACCCACCAAUUACAACAGUUGUCCCAAGAUGAUUGUUUGUCCUUAUUUCAACAAUUUGCAUUUGGAGAUCAAGCAGUGGAUCAAAAGUUGAUGGAAAUUAGUAAACAGAUUGUUGAGAAAUGUGGCGGUGUGCCCUUGGCUGCCAUAUCUCUUGGUAGCAUGCUCCGUGGCACUCGAGAUAAGACUUAUUGGUCGUCGGUAUUAAAGAGUGAAAUAUGGCAGCUUCGAGAUGAACAGAAAGUGUUAGCUGUACUAAAGUGGAGCUAUGACACUCUCCCUCUACAGUCAAAGAAGUGUUUUGCAUUUGGCUCCUUAUUCCCAAAAGACUAUACGAUGCAAAAGGAUGAAUUGAUAAAGCUGUGGAUUUCAAAUGGUUUUGUACAUUCAGAAAGAAAUUUUGAUGCUGAAACAGUGGGCAACCGCAUCUUUGAUAAUCUUGUGCUGAGAUCAUUCUUUCUCUUGGCCCUUUUGAAGAUGAUCCUCAUGUAACACACUGCACGAUGCAUGAUUUGAUGCAUGACCUAUCACGAUCAGUAUCUGCAAAUGUACCCCCGGUCAAC